ACACUGCAGUAUACUAGUGUAGUUAAACUACACACUGCAGUAUACUAGUAGGAAACCAAAUAAAUAUGUAAUGUGUAUUUUUCACUGAGACCCAAGGAGGAGAUCCUGGUCUGGAACAAGACUCUAAUUUGUGGGAUUGGAUCCACCUGCUGCUGAAAACCAGCAGACCAGAGUCAGACCUGCUUCAGACCAGACCACACCAGUCAGACCAGACCACACCAGUCAGACCUGCUUCAGACCAGACCACACCAGAGUCAGACCUGCUCCAGACCAGACCACACCAGUCAGACCUGCUUCAGACCAGACCACAGAGUCAGACCAGGAGACUCAGUCCAUGUCGGGACCUCAUAAAUCCGGAUCGUCUCUCCGGAGUCGGGUCCUGACCCCUCAACAGACCUCGAGCUUCGUCAUUCCCUCGCGCAGUCCGCGGCUCCACCGGAGCUCCCCGGACCGAGACCAGGCCCCCCGCCGGCUGCAGACCAGACCCCCUCAGUCGGCGGACUCGGACCCGUCGACGAGCGCGGCCAUGUCGCUGUUGCACGUGGGCAAGGUGACCACGCCCUACGGCUUCUGCGCCGCGCUGGCUGCGAGCCCCUGUAGCCGCCGGAGGGAGUCCCUGUUUCACCAGAACCAACCGGAUACCGAUACCAACCCCCAGGACCUGGUGGACCCGCCCCCUCGUCACGGUCCCGACAGGUACCGGGUUUGUCUUCAACCCGUUAAAGCUCUUGGCCUGCAGGUGAAGGAGAUGAAGAGCGGAAGAGGACACGCCCCCUCUGACGUCACAUGACCGCAGACAAUGAAACACCUGUCAGAUGGACUUUUAUUUGAUCCUUUGACUACAUUUCAUGAAACACUACAAAUGUAGACGUCAUUUAUGUGAUUUCUUCUUUAUGUGUUGCUUUGUUUGCUGGUUUCUGCUCACUUUAUAGUUUAACACGUUUUAAAAUGUUUCAUCUGGAUUUUAUGAAUAAAUGAAUACAAACA